AUGGCUUAUAACAACAAUGGUUAUAAUGUGGAAUUCCUAUGCGACGUAGACGAAAAAUAUCGCUGUAUUGUAUGCGGUAAUGUUUUGUGUUAUCCUCUCCAGUUUAAAACUUGUGGCCAUCGUACAUGCUCAGGCUGCUUAAAAGAAGUGCUUCGAUCAAAGUCUAACCCCAAAUGUCCAAUAGAUGGAGUUAAUAUUAGCAUAGAAAAUGUCGAAGAAGAUGAAGCAAUUCAUCAAAAAAUUUUAACUUUUGAAGUAUGCUGCCAGCGUCAUUUAGAAGGUUGCAAUUGGACUGGCUUAUUAAACGAUCUGGAAAAACACUUGAAGAAAUGCCAAUUUGAAAUCAUCGAUUGUCCUAAAGGUUGCAAAGAAAUGAUAGAGCGUCAAAACAUCGAAAAACAUAUUUCUACCAAUUGCAGUAAACGUGAAAUUCUCUGCGAAUUUUGUAAAUGCUCUACCCAUUAUGAUCAAUUAAAGUCUCAUUGGAACGCUUGCCAAAUGUACUUGGUGUCUUGCCCAAACAGCGAUGAAUGCGGGAAAAUAGCUCGAAUAGAUUUCGAUAGGCACAUUCGUAAGGACUGCAAGUUUAAACCCAUUUUUUGUCCAUUUGCAGAUGAAGGUUGUACCUAUAAGGGAAAAGUUCACGACAUGGAGAAGCAUUUGGAAAAAGAUCAUUUGCAACAUAUGAUUAUUUUUCGUGAUCAAAUAGCAAACCAGGAAAGGAUAAUACAAAAACAAGAUGAGAUCAUUCAUCAGCAAGAGAAUCUACUGCAGGACGUGCUGCAGCGAAACGAGCACAGCUUUACCUAUUAUAUUACCGAGUAUUCCAAGCAAUUCAAUUUAGCUCGCAAGUGUCGAGAACAUUCUGUAAUUUAUAGUGAUCCCUUCACAGUAGGUAAAUAUGGUUAUAAAUUAAGCUUGGUCAUCUUUCCUAAUGGUAAUGGCAUUGGUAAAAACAAAUACCUCUCCGUUUAUUUACAAUUAAUGCGUAGUGAAUAUGAUGAUAUCCUGGCAUGGCCAUUUCACUGUAAAGUUACCAUCGAAUUAAUAGAUCAAAACAUCAAUUUUGAUGAUCGUAAGAACAUCACUUUUUCAUUAAUUCCUGAUAAGAAACGCAAGCAAGCUGCUUUUAUGAAGCCAAAAAAUGAUACUUUUACCUACUUUGGUUCAUCUAUGUUGGCCUCGCAUAAACAGUUAAAAGCUCGUCACUACAUUUUAAACGAUACAAUCUAUCUCAAAGUUGUCGUUAAGCCAACGGGAGAUAUAGGUGUUUAA